AUGGCCUAUAACGUGCUGCAGGUGCUGCAGAACCUCGUCUUCGACUACGAGGAGGCCAAGGGGAACUGGCGGGAGCAGUGGGUUAUCUGCGAGGCGCUGUGCCCGUUCAUCUGGUAUCUCAACGGUGGUGACUUUGCCAUGGCCGACGACGGCGAGUUCGUCGACGAAACAGCAAAACUCAUCGGCAACCUCUUCCUCGCAACCCUCGCCCGCCUCGAGCGCGAGGGCGUCCUGGCCCCAGACUCGGAAGUAAAAGACCUAGGCUGCGUCAUGGCCGGCAUGCUCAAAGUCGCCUCCGCCUUCCGCGGCUUCGACCUCUUGCAAGACGAGACCGUCUACAAAAAGUCCAAGAAGCGGCCUUUCCCCUUUACGGCGGAGAAAUUUGACAGCUACGUCGCCCUCUACGCCAAGAAGCACGGCAUCACCCUCAAAGGCGUCCCUGGGCUGAAAGCUCUCGUCGACAAUCUCGACGAUGAGGAGGAUGGAGAGGAGCUGCCAAACGCCGAGGAACACGGCGAGGACCCUUGGGGGUGGGCGGAUGCGCUAGCGUCGUAUAAGAAGGGGAGGAAGAUUGGCGGGGAUAAUUUGGAUAUCACGUCGUGGACGCCCGCGAAGCGGAAGCAGCAUGCUUUUAAUAAGAAGGACCCGCUUGGGAAGAAGGAGAUUGAUGCUAUCAAGAAUGGUAUGGUUAUGAUGCUGGGCUAA